UAUUCGAUUAUUUGUGAGAGCUGUGGAAGCACUUCAGGAAAGACAUUCCGUACAGCCGCGAAUUCGUCCAAACACUGUACGUGUGUCUCGGUUUUCUUCACCAACAUAGUUACAGUGUGCGUACAAGAGUCGUCGUAAUAAGCAACUGCUAUCGGUGUGAGAUAGAGUGUAGACAGUAAAUUCUAGCUUCGAGUGCUUGUUGCCUUUUUUGUUUUGCUUGCCCGAACAACAUACAACUAGUGGCCUUCCACCACCAAGCAACCAAUACACACCCCAAAAAAGUGGUGCAAAACAUUACGUAGCAUCGACUCCGGUACGUUUGCAGAAACGCAACGACCACAGCUACAGAGCGCGCGUGUGGCGAGGAAUUCGAGCACGUUGGCGUUGGCGUUUUCGGCAAACGCACACACGUCCCGCAUCGCAUAUGUAAGGUCGUCUCGCGCAUAACUCUGGAUACUGGCAAAACCGUCGCCAGUAAGUGUGUACGCGUCCAAUAAACAGGACGCAAGACUAUUCUGUGUCUUCUCGCUCCACGCCCUUCUGAAGGAAGAUGACCUCCUUACGGGGACUUCUUGUCCUAGUGGGGCUCUCGAUCAUCAUCCUGAUUGGCGAGUAUCACCCGGAUAACAGUGCUGGAGUUGACGCUAGUAUGAUCUACACGGGCAUUAAGCUACCAUUUCCACGGCAUCGCACGUUCUACAAAUCGGUCGGCGAACAUAAGAUCGGCCCCAAUCUGUACGAGGUUAGCACGAUCAUCCAGGAGGACAUACUGUUGCGCAAACGGUGCGAAUGCAUGCCCCGGUACCGGUGUCGAGUGCCGCGCAACAUCUUCUAUCUAUCGAACCGCGAUUGCCAUCACCGGGAAAAAGUGUGCUGCGAGCUGCUGGAGAAUGCGUUCGAGUCGUUCAACGAUACCGCGAUCGAGAGAGAUUUCAUGAGCGAUAACGAGAUCUAGUCUAGCGAGGAGUUCUUGCUGAGAUGUCGCGUCAUCCCGAGGCAAUCCUUGGCACUGUGCUCAUCGUACAACGUGAGCAAACCCCAGCUCCAUUCCUGCUCGGUAUCGAUCCAGUUGAGGAGGUCUUCUGCCCGCAGUAUCACCUUGUCCGAGAUUGCUAGUACCUCGUCCUGGAGGAGGGUAGAAAAUAGAAGUAAAGAAAACAAUUCAUUAGUAACAUCCAUUUACAUUAACAAUAACAAUAGAUUUAGACAUUGUGAAACAAAAGAUGAAACUUGCAUUUACUACACGCGACUUACAUUUUCUUAAAGCAAUUUUAAAAUCUGUGUAAAACAAAAAUUGUAAUAAGAGUUCAAUGUUAUUUUUAAACCUAAUAAAUGUAUCCUAAAAACUA